AUGUUUUGGAACAAAUCUGAAAACAAAGACAACAACCAAGAGCCAAACACUAAUGAAGAAUCUCGAGAGACUCGUGGAAUCAUACCUCCGGAAAAUGAUGGUGAAGUAGACAAUAUAAUCAACAACGUCCUAAGUGACUUCAAAGGUUCUGAGAUGAGGUCGAAGGCCAGCGACAGAGUCGAGUCUUUGGAGCUGAACAAAUUUCCCAGUGAAAUGUCCUGCAUGACGGCUCUUGACGAACUUAUGCAAUGCAUGUCCUUAGGUGGACAGAUCAGAAACUAUUACAGAUAUGGCGACUUGACACUUUGCGACAAACAGUCCGAAAAACUCAACUUUUGUUUCUCCAACUCCUUGAAGACAGAAGAUCAGAAAAGAAUCAACGUGCAAGAGUUCUACAAGAAUAGGCUCGUAGAACAACUCAAAAGAGGUUCCAGUGAAGACAUCUGGGAAUCCAGAGACUAG